CUCUCUCUCUCUCACACACACACACUCUCUCUCUCACACACACACACACACUCUCUCUCCCUCUCUCACACACACUCACCCCCCCUCUCUGUGUGUGUGUUGGUGUCUGGAGGAAGACAGUCGGCACCGUUUCCUCUCUGUGUUUAACUCUCGAUGUGAAACAGUAGGGCACCGAAGCGCGUGUUUUUCUGCCUCAUGCGCACGGACUUUACACGGAAAACCCGGAGGAAACGUGUUGUGUGUGUUUAGUUGAGUGUUAAUCAGGAGGUAAUAUAUAUAGAUAUAUAUAUAAAAUGAACACACACACCAUGGGGCCCGGCGGAGGGACCUACGCGAGUAAGAAGCGGAAGAAGCCGGUACAGAAAAUACCCAAGCCUCCUCCUCUCGAAGGCACUAAGUCGAACCCCUCAAAGCGACACAGGGAUCGUCUAAACAUGGAGCUGGACAAGCUGACCAGCCUGCUGCCCUUCUCUGAGGACGUUCGCUCCCGGCUGGACAAACUGUCCGUCCUGAGACUUAGUGUCGGAUACCUGAAGGUCAAGAGUUUCUUCAAUGCCACAAUGAAGAAGACAGUGGGCGGAGCUAACAGCUGGCCAACCGGGGCUCUGGGAGGAAACGGACAGACGGUCAGCAGCCUGGAUGGAGUGACCUUCUCUGAGGGGGAGUUACUGCUGCAGGCUCUUAAUGGCUUUGUGCUGGUUAUAACAGCUGAUGGUUAUGUGUUCUAUGCCUCGUCUACCAUACAGGACUACCUGGGCUUUCAUCAGUCUGAUGUGGUGCACCAGAGUGUGUUUGAGCUGAUUCACACUGAUGACCGAGCUCUGUUCAGAAGACAGCUGCAUUUUGCCCUGAAACCCACACAGGGUGAACUCGCUGACAAUGCUGACGGCUUCCAGAAUAACAGUGACAUCACCACCACCACCACCACCACCACCACCACUAUGGUAAAUUAUAACCCUCAGCAGCUGCCACCAGAGAACUCAUCCUUCCUGGAGAGGAGCUUCUGCUGCCGCUUCCGCUGCCUCCUCGACAACUCCUCCGGCUUCCUGGCCCUAAACUUCCAUGGCCGACUGAAGUAUCUUCAUGGUCAGAACAAGAUGGCAGAAGAUGGCACGAUGGCACAUCCUCAGCUGUCUCUGUUUGUCGUCGCUACCCCCCUCCAGCCACCCUCCAUCUUGGAAAUUCGGAGCAAGACACUUCUCUUCCAGACCAAACACAAGCUGGACUUCACACCUAUGGGCAUCGACACCAGGGGGAAGGUGGUGCUGGGUUACAAUGAGAUCGAGCUGUGCAUGAGGGGUUCUGGUUACCAGUUCAUCCACGCUGCAGAUAUGAUGUACUGUGCAGACAACCACCUGAGAAUGAUUAAAACUGGCGAGAGUGGUUUCACAGUUUUCCGGCUCCUGACAAAAACAGGAACUUGGGUCUGGGUGCAGGCCAACGCCAGGCUCGUCUAUAAGGGCGGACGACCGGACUUCAUCGUGGCACGACAGAGAGCUUUAACUAACGAAGAAGGCGAAGAGCAUCUUCGUCAGAGGAAGCUGCAGCUGCCCUUCAGCUUUGCCACCGGAGAAGCCGUCCUAUAUGAGACGACCCCUUCACCAGACAUGACUAACAUCUCGACCCAAAUCAAAGGGGGUAAGAUUAGUAAACCUGCCAUACUGCCUCCAAGUUCACUCUUGAGCUCCAUGCUGAAGCAGGAUGAAACUGUCUACCAGCCCAACAGCGAUCCCACCUCGCAGUUCUGCCUGGAAAAGGCAUUCCGGGACAGCCAUGCCCUUCUCAAUGUCCCUGGAAAGCCCUGGGCUGGGGCAGAAAGGGGCACAGUGGGCAUCAAGGAGGAAUCGACAGUGCAGGAAAUGAUGGACAGCUUGCAGCAGAUCAUUGGGGACAGCAGCAUGUGCGGUAACCUGGAAGAACUCUCGAUCGACCAGGAGGAGCUAAAGGAAUGGGAGAAUGCACUGCUGCGAAUGAACAACUUGAGCACCACCGAAUUGUCUGUGGAGAUUAAUGACAUCCUGACCAACGAUAUCUUCUCAUAUGUGGAGGACGUGCUGUUUAAUGAGUGCAGCAACAACAUGCAGGACCAGUUACCUGAGUGUCUGUCUGAGCUUCAGCUGCAGGGAGACCUUAACGACCUCCUGGGCAUUUCAGAGGGCCUUGAUACAGGUAGCCCACUGAGAGGGAUAGUGAACCAUGCUCACAUUGGGCCGGAGAUGCCUUUGGGGCAGCAAGCAAAUCCUGGGGAACCAUAUGUGGAACUGUGUGAAGGUAUGAUUGUUGAUUCUUCACUUUCUGGGCAACAGAACCAGAGCAGGCAGAAUCAUAUACAGAGCGGAAACCUGGGCUAUCCAGAAAAUGUGACGUUGCCCAAACUUCAGAACCAAGCUCAACACGUGGGCUUUCACAAUCAUAACUCCACCCCGUUCAGUCAGGCAGUUCAGCCGAGAGGUCGGUGGGCAGGACCCCAGGCAGACAGAAGCAAGAAUUUUUCACUUUCACAAAACGUCAUGUCAAACCAUGUACCGAGUGCCUGCCUCAAGGGACAGUUUCCUCUCAGCAACCAGAGCUCAGACAAUCAGAGACUUGCAACAUGGCAGCCCUCUCUUCAACAGGUCCAGCCGACAUUACCAAAAGUUCCUGACAUUCCCAACGUUUCCAAUGUCCAGAAUAUCCCAAAUGGUCAUCAUCACGUCCAACAAAUUCCACUCACUAGAUUAAUGCUGCAGUCUAACUUUGGCUCAGGCUCCAAUCCUCAGCCUAAUGCAGUUUAUGACCAGCAGGGGGAGCUAGUUCACCCAUCUAAUGCAGUAUAUGGACAGCAGGAGGCGAUGGAGAUGUCUAAUGUGGUUUAUAACCAUCAGGGAGAGCUGUUGAGCAGAGUGGCUCCUGCUCCGGUCAGCAGUUGCAUGUUUGAGAGACCAGUUCAGGCUCCUGUUAAUGGCAUGUGCUACAGCGCAGCUGGACAAGAUGCAGUGAUCUCAUCCUGUCAGAAGACCAAAGCGUUCAUGAAUCCUGUGCAGGGCUCAUAUGUCUUUCAAAACCAGCCCACGGAGACCAUAUAUAACAACGUGGGCGAGCCGUCAGACAGGGGCGUUGUUUGCAAUCUACACCAGCAGUUCCUCAGCUGUAAUAACCAGACACAGAUCACAAACUGUCCAGUCAAAGAGAACAGAUCAUUCCAGUUCACCCCCAUGAUGGGGGGGACGCCGUGCUUCACCAACACUGCCCAGAAUGACAGUUUUUAGAAAGGAAAAGUCCAGCGAGUGCAGCUAUCUAUUGAGAACGGAGAAAGGAAGUAGGGAUGGACGAGUGAAGAUACAGUACACACUUCUUCAUAUUCAGACUCUCCCUUUUUGUUCAAUCGCAGCUGAUAUACAGAAACGAGAAGGUGGAGGGCUGGACUCGUUGUGCUAGUACCGCCAGACUGUCGAAAGCCUGCACGUCUGCUCACACACGCUCGUUUGUUCAAUUUUAAUACAUUUUGUUUGCUUGUUUGUUUGUUUGUUUGUUCACUCCCUGCUCCGAAAAGUUCAGAAGGACAAAAAAGUGGCUUUUUUUUGCUUUUGUGCAUUUCUUUGUGUUUUUUGUUGUUGUUUAGAGUGUGGGCAGUGUGUGUGAGUGUGUGUGUGUGUGUGGGGGGGGGGGGUAGAGAGGAGCUUCUCAGAGCUCAAUUAUGAAGUAUGCAGUAGAAAAGGUGGAAACUUUUCUUUGCAUGGAUGAUAUUUUGGGGGAAAAGCCAUUUUAAAGAGGCACUAUUUAUUUAGAAAGAGUAGAGUCAAAAAAAAAAGGGAAAAGCCUCUUUACUGCUCACGUGUUCCCUUUCGGGUUUCUCUUGAUGCACUUAAGAAGGUGAGAUCAACACCUGUAAAAAUGACAGAUUGUAAAAAAAAAAAAAAAAAAAAAAAGACAGAUUGUUGUUCUGCAUCCAAAGACGUAGCACUAUGAUAGAAUUCAGAGAGAAUUAGCUGCAGCUGUGUUAUGUUAGGCGUCGACUAAUUUACAUAACUCCCACAAUGCUCUUGUUCUGUGUGGGGCCCAAACUACUGCCUGACUGACCGCUAAAGCUGAAGCAUAAAUGUCUAUCCAGCUUUCCUUCCUGAAUGCCCCACCCCACCCCACCCCACAGCCUUCACCCACUUUCCAAUGACACUAUGACCUCUGUUCUAAUCCGGGCAGAAGCAGUUUGCCCGACACAACGCACAACUUUUAUCUCUAACAUCAACGAAACGUAAACGUAAAACACAAAACCAGGCUUUUCAUUGCUGGCUGAAAUCUUCAUCACAGUAACGUAUUAUUGCGAUAUGGUAAUCACGAUAAAGGUAUACGACUUAUAUGUAUACAUUCAGCUUUUUUUGUUCGUUUUUGUUUUAAAUAUGCUUUUUUUUUAAUAUUUUGUUACGUCCAUUUAAUCACACUUUAUUGAGCCAUUUUCGUGUCUGCUUGUACUGAUAAUCAUGAGGAAAUCUCCUUACUGGCUGCUCGCUCGCUGACCUCUGGUCAAUCGCAGGAGUUUAAGCAGUCGGCAUCUUUUCUUCGAGAGCUGGUGUGGCGUGAUACGAGUGAAAACACGUGGAUUACAGAGUGUUAACCCUUCAAACGCACAAAACUCGUGCCACAAACCAGCUCCACGUUCCUUUCUUUUUUCCUCCGCUUUAUUCCGACGUCACACUUCGAUCCAAGCCGACUGCAUAUUUACUAAAUCGACGACGUGCCUUAUUCUCCUCUGACACCUUAACCUUUUCAUAUGACUAUAUAUUAUUAAUCUAGCAUUAUGUACAUUUUGAUAUUAACAGAUCUACCAGAUAAGAAUGCUUUUGUACCUCAGUAUCAAGAAAAUAUGACUGAUUGCCGACAUGGAGCGCUUUACUUCUCUUUCAGUAGUCACUAGUUCUGGACUUUUAUUUCCACAGCGGUUUGUGUGAGCUGAUAAUUGCUUCUAGUUUUAUCUCCAUACCAGUUUGCAGGUCUUCACCUCAGUUCUGGUUUGCAAAAUCCACCAAACGAAUCCAGUACAGUUUAGGUCUAAUUACUCUGUAGGAACUUCUCUGUUCUUCCAUCACAAGCAUAAAUUGGACGACUGAUUUCAGGUCAAACGCUGCAGAGUCACUGCAGGAUAGUUUUUACAAACUGAGACUUGCCGGUUUGUUUAGGUUUUGGUGGCUGAUGGAGACAAGAAAAAGGUUUAACACACUAUAUCCUAUCAUAACCUUUAACAUGUUUCGAGGGCACUUUAAAUCUGAUCUAUUUUUAACCUAUUCACCCCUGCAGAGUGAUCGGAAGGUUAUGCACAGAAGGACUGAUUGCAGAUCAGAUUUUCUUGCUGAAGACAUGACCUUGAAUCGGAUUUCUUUGUAAAGGACUUAGAGAUCAGGGUCUGGAAUUUAGAUCAGUAUGGAGUAUGAAGGUAGUCAGGUAGUGAGAUCAGACUGCAGAAAUAGCUUCGAGGUGUUCCUGAAGAAAUGGUAUCAGGUAAAAAAAUACAGAGACGUUAUUAAGAAAGAACUCACAGUUGGAUAUUUGGGUAGAUUUGCAGGAAUGGUGUUGAGAUCCAGUAGACGUGAUGACCAGGUAUCGCGAUCAGACAACCCUGCGAGUUUGGUAUGCAGAUCAGAUUGCCCUGUAGGAGUCGUAUCAAAUAUCUCAAAUGUCCUCGCACAAAAGUCAUCAGAGGGGUGAUAGACCUGCAGAUAGGGUAUCAGAGGGGUGAUAGACCUGCAGAUAGGGUAUCAGAGGGGUGAUAGACCUGCAGAUAGGGUAUCAGAGGGGUGAUAGACCUGCAGAUAGGGUAUCAGAGGGGUGAUGGACCUGCAGAUAGGGUAUCAGAGGGGUGAUAGACCAGCAGAUAGGGUAUCAGAGGGGUGAUAGACCUGCAGAUAGGGUAUCAGAGGGGUGAUAGACCUGCAGAUAGGGUAUCAGAGGGGUGAUAGACCUGCAGAUAGGGUAUCAGAGGGGUGAUAGACCUGCAGAUAGGGUAUCAGAGGGGUGAUAGACCUUCAGAGAUGGUAUCAGAGGGGUGAUAGACCUGCAGAUAGGGUAUCAGAGGGGUGAUAGACCUGCAGAUAGGGUAUCAGAGGGGUGAUAGACCUGCAGAGAUGGUAUCCAGGUCAGAUGCACAUAUUGUAGACCAGAGACAGGAGCAGGUCACCUGGUAGACCUGCUCUAGAAGACCUGGUAGAUAGACCUGGUAGACCUGCUCUAGAAACUGGAAAGUUGGAUUCAUGUGUAGCCACAUGUAGAGUGGCCCCUCUGAGGUAGGGGACUAUUCUUUCAUGCGCACUUCCAGAUUUUUGAUUGCUGGACUUGCAUUUCCUCUCGAUGUUGUCCAGAGCCGUACAGUUCCAGGCCCAGCGCAUGCUUUUCACUCCAUUUCUUUCUUAUACAGGGUGUCUGAGUGCCUACAGAGAUUCUGGCCUGCUUCCCCCCCACCUUUCUCUAUUUUCUCUUUCUCUGCUAUAGAUUAAGGCAAUAAAAGAGGAGGUGAAGUUUUUAUGCAAAAUACAGGGUUCCUGAACAUCCAAAAAACCAUCAGAUGCCUUAGAGAUAUUUCACACAAAAAAAAACAGGUUUUGAUAUUUAAGUUAAAAAUAUAUUGAUAAAGAAAUAAUUUGUCUAAGAAUCCACAUGAGUGAUGUGUAGAAAUGACUGAUGGCUAGGUGAAAUGAUUGACAGGUAAAAGGUGUGUUUUUGGGCUGGUUGUAACGUCAUUAGCGACGCUGUCAUACAGCUCUUCUUACGUUGUUCACUAAAACAACUAACAUAUCUUUAGCGCCCAGUGUCCAAUUUCCUUUGGAGAUUUGUGUCCAUUGUGGAGUUUGUCCUUACAAAAGGACAGUUGAGGAUCUAAUCCAAAUUACAGCACUUAGAUAGCUAGCUAGGUUUUACACGUAACGUUUGUCCACGAUUAGCUUGCGCAGUGAUGUUUGAUAUUGUGUCUUAUUUCUUAUAAUCUCUUCUUUUUUUUUUUUUUUCUUUUUUUUUUUAAAGAGAGAAAGUAGGUAACUUCCAAUCUGUCUACGUUUAGCUCUUCCAGUCACAACGUCUCGGUGUAACACUAGCCAGACAGGUAUGUUUAAUACUUACCUCUGUGGAACCGUUACCUUGCUAGCUGCUUUUGUUUUUAAUGCGUGUGAUGUAAUUCAAUGAAAUUGCAGAUCUGAUAUUUCUACGGUCAGAUUGCGAUGAUGCACUUGCUUCAAAUCUGAUGUGAGAAACUGUAAAAAAUUAAAAAUCUUUUGAUCGUGACCUGAACAGCCCAAAAACAACCUCGCCUUAAUCUCGUCGCAGAAGCCGCCGGAAAAAAGAAAGCUAAAUUUUCCUGUUAAACGAGUGAAAUAAUAAUUGAAGCACUUCUGAUGUUUCUUCUGAAAUGCAGUAUCAGUGUAUGAUUUACAUUAUUAUUCUUCUGUUGUUGUCUUUGUUGCUCCUUUUUGUGCUCACAAAUAUAGUAUAUACAGUUUUUGUAAAUUUCCCUGCACACCUUGUAAAAAUGUUUAUGCCUUUGUUUCUUCGCCAAUAUUAUUGUAGUAUUUGGUUUUUGUUUUGUUUUGUAUUAGCAAAUGUUUUGUGUGUCUGCUUCAUCUAUCGAUAUUUACGUCUUCAUAUUAUUACAAGUGUUUAUUCUAAUGAC